GCUACAGACUACAGAGGCAUCUUGAAGGGAUGGUAACGCUGAUCUCGAGAUGGGAUCGGCAACAGAGGCAGCUCCGACUCCGCCCAUUUCCGAGGAGAAAACUUUUGCGAUUCUUCCUCGUUGCCCUCGCUAUUAUUGCUAUCCUCCCCCCUCUUUACUUCCAUUUCACCCUCCGUCGCUUCAACCAGACACAAUCCCGGAAAUGCAGCUGGAUGAAAAAUCCUCCUUUAGUGUGCGCCCAUGGGGGUGACUCAACCAAGGCCUUCCCCAACACGAUGGAUGCAUAUAAUAUUGCUUUAAGUUCUCAAGUAGAUUGCAUUGAGAUUGAUGUGUCUCGUUCAUCAGAUGGAGUACUGUUUGCUCUUCAUGACAGGGAUCUGCAGCGUAUAUCUGGGAAUCGUACUUCUAAAGUUGGUUAUUUGAGCAUGAAGGAGAUUGAAAAUCUGGGUUCCAGUCAUCAUCAUUCGCUGGAGUUUCAUGGUGUUAAGAUUCCAACCAUUGAAGAUGCAUUAAAGUUGAUAUCAGGUUCUGUUAAGCAAGUGAUUCUCGAUGCUAAAGUUGGCCCUCCACUUUAUGAGAAGGGACUCGCGAAGGAUAUUCUCUCUGUUGUUGAAAGAAGCAAGUGCAAGAACUGCAUUGUAUGGGCGAAAAGUGACAGCCUGGCAAGGGAUUUAAUAAAAUUGUCGAGAGAUACAACGGUGGGAUACAUAGUGAUGAUAGAUGAGGCAAGUGGAGGUAGGAUGGAAUUAUUGAGGAUGAGAGGUGCUGGGGUGGUUGGUGUUUACCAUCCUUUGAUUGAUGAAAAACUUGUGAAAAUCCUCCAUGGGAGGAAAAAGAAGGUAUACGCAUGGACAGUGGAUGAAGAGGAGUGGAUGCAGAAAAUGUUGGUGGAGAAUGUGGACGGUGUGGUGACAAGUGAUCCUGCUCUGCUACAACGUGUUAUGCAUGAUCUCAGAACACACUGCUUUCAACUUGGUUUUGUUUUCAAUGACUGAGUGAAUGCCUCCAUUGUUUUUAUCUCAUCUCUGCUCUGCUACAACAAUUAUAUUACAAAAAUGCUCACUCUACUUCUUUUUGAUUAAUGCCCAAUGAGAAAUAUCCAAACCCAUCACUCACAACUGUAUAGUAUCUGAUUAUUAGAGCAGCAUUUUUUUUAUAUAUAUACUAUUAUUCUUAUUGUA